UCCAUCUCAGAGGUAUAGUAGUGCACACGAGUUAGGAAGGGAGUAGCGUAGAGUAGGGAGCUCGGUGGUCUCUGACCUUUCUCUGAGAAAGAGAAGAAGAACGGAGAUCCCAGCAGCCCCUGUCUCGUCACUCUAUCGAUCUCACACACUGGUAGCGGCUAGCGACUAGCUAGAGCUCGAUCUAUCUUGCUAGGUACUGUCGCAAUGGCAGGAGGGUUCUUCUCCAUGGAGCACCCGUGGGCCUCUGCCUUUGGCAUCCUAGGCAACAUCAUCUCCUUCCUGGUGUUCCUCGCGCCAAUGCCGACGUUCCUGCGCGUGUACCGGAAGAAGUCGACGGAGGGGUUCAGCUCGGUGCCGUACGUGGUGGCGCUCUUCAGCUGCACGCUGUGGAUCUUCUACGCGCUGGUGAAGACCAACUCCAGCCCGCUGCUGACCAUCAACGCCUUCGGCUGCGCCAUCGAGUCCGUCUACAUCCUCCUCUACCUCCUCUACGCGCCGCGCCCCGCCAGGCUCCGGGCGCUCGCCUCCUUCCUCCUCCUCAACGUCGCCGCCUUCUCGCUCAUCGCCGUCGUCACGCUCGUGCUCGUCGCGGAGGCGCAGCGGGUCAGGGUGCUCGGCAGCAUCUGCCUCGCCUUCUCCAUGGCCGUCUUCGUCGCCCCCAUGAGCGUCGUCGUAAUAUAUACCCGAUCGACCAGCAAGCUAAAGCGAGAUAAUAUAAUUAAGACGCGUGCCCUAGCUAAUUAUAACUGCUCCUUGUUGUGCACGCAGUUUGUUGUGAUCAGGACCAAGAGCGCCGAGUUCAUGCCCUUCUCCCUCUCCUUCUUCCUCACCCUCAGCGCCGUCGCCUGGUUCUUCUACGGCCUCUUCACCAACGACCUCUACGUCACGCUCCCGAACGUGGGCGGCUUCUUCUUCGGGUGCGUCCAGAUGGUGCUCUACUGCUGCUACCGGAAGCCCAAGUCGGCGGCGUCCGUGGUCCUGCCGACGACGGCCGCCGCGCUGGCGGCGGAGUCGGCGGAGAUGGAGCUGCCGCUCGCCGCCCUCGACGCGGCGGCCGUGCUGCCGGCGUGCGCGGUGCCCGUGCUGGCCGAGCUGCACAAGCUGGAGGAGGCGGUGGGGUCGCCGCGCAAGGGCGGCGUCAAGGCCAUCUGACCCAGCUGAGCUGCAUGCCCCAACAGUGGCGUUGCCUCCUGAACCUGAUCGAAUUGAGGCGCGCGCGAUGCAAUAGUUUGGUAGACUGAAAUUAUUAACUGCCCAGUAGAGAGAGGUAUCAGCUAUACGCGUGUGUGUAUCUUCUUCUGAUCUAGCUAAUCGUUUGUUUGGUUGGUUUGGGUUUGGAUUUGUGUGUGAUAUUGUUAAGUGAGUUUGUACUCGAAAUUAGUCUGGUGAUUUUGUCUACAAAUUACCUGAUGAUUUGGGCGAAUAAAAAGAGGUACCGUGCGCGCGCUCGUUAAUUUUACU